CUUUCUAGGUCUAGUCCUAUUGUAGGACUUAGUGAACUGUUGCUUGAAAUUUAUGAAAUGGCCAAAAGUCAUGGAAACUCCCCCCCAUGUGAUAAGUCACCUGGUACUGUGAGUGGAGAUGAUUCAGAUGAAGAUGAUGUCAUGGAAGAAAGUCCAUGUGGAAGAUAUCUGAAAAGAAGAGAAGAGGUGCAGCAAAGAGAUGUUCCUGGUAUGGAUUCAGCAUAUUUGGCUAUGGAUACUGAAGAAGGUGUAGAGGUUGUCUGGAAUGAAGUCAAGUUUUCAGAACGAAAGGAUUUCAAGUCCCAGGAGGAAAAGAUACGACAAGUGUUCAAUAAUCUAACACAGCUGGAGCAUCCAAACAUCAUCAAAUUCCAUAAGUAUUGGAUAGAUCAUGUCAACGAAAAACCAAGAGUGGUUUUCGUGACAGAAUACAUGUCUUCAGGAUCCUUGAAGCAAUUCUUGAAACGGACCAAGAGAAAUGUCAAGAAGCUUCCACUCCAGGCAUGGAAGAGAUGGUGCAUCCAGAUUCUUUCAGCUUUGAGCUACUUGCAUUCCUGUUCUCCACCCAUAAUUCAUGGGGACCUCAACUGUGAUACCAUCUUCAUUCAACACAAUGGACCAGUGAAAAUUGGAUCUGUUGCUCCAGAUGCCAUUCAUUACCACGUGAAGACAUGUCGAAAUAAUAUGACCAACAUGUACUUCGUAGCACCUGAAUAUGGCAACAGUGGGCCAAUGACUCCAGCCAUGGACAUCUAUUCCUUCGGAUGGUGUGCCUUAGAAAUGGCAACUUUUGGUAUCUAUGGGAUGAAUGGUGACCGAGAUGGGUGUCAGUCACAAGGGAAUCCUGGGACACCUACAUCAGGUUCAUCCCAGAACCCAUUGAGCUUACCUCCACCACCAUCUUCAUCUCAGUCUGCUGGAGGACCAAUAACAGAAGAACACCUAAAUAGGACAUUGGCUUCCCUGGAAAAUCCAUUGCAGCAAGACCUCAUUCGUCAGUGUCUGCAGAAAGAGCCGAAGCUCAGACCUUCCGCAAGGCAACUGCUCUUCCAUCCCAUUCUCUUUGAAGUUCAUUCCCUAAAACUCCUUGCUGCUCAUGCACUCCUGAGAUCUGCAAGGUUCACCCCUGAAUCUGUUGUGGAUGAAGCUGUGCAGAAGCAUUAUGGCCCAGAAAAACCUAUUGCUGAGAUUUCACAUCCUGAUGGAAGGACAGGAGUUACCUAUACGCUUGCUGAUAUUCCAGUCAUUGAAAAGCUUGAGAAGUUCAUAGAGGACGUAAAGUUUGGUAUCUAUCCAUUGACAGCCUUUGCCCUCUCUCAAGGGCCCCUACCUCGAACAAGAGCAACUUCCCCUGAAUCAUCUGAGUCUGUGAAGUCAUCUGACAGUCCAGUGCCUAAGGAUGUGGAGAACAGGCGUAUCAUAAACAUGAUGUGCAAUGUGAAAUCCACUCCAGACAGGGUAGCACUCUCGAUGACAAUCUUAUUGAGGAUGGAUGACAACAUGAAUCGUCAGCUAACAUGUGAUGUGAUGCCAAAUGAGACAGCAGCUAUCCUUGCAAAUGAACUGGUACAUUAUGGCCUCAUCAAUGAAGCUGAUCUUGCAAAACUGGUGGCCCUCAUUGAUGACACUCUCAAAAACUACAUCCCAGGAGUGAGCAACCUCCCCAUGCAUCAUUCACCUGUGAUCCCUGUAUCAUCUCUGUAUCAAGCUCCCAUGAAAGCAACAGGCAGCUAGCAUUCACACUGUCUGGUCUGUCUUCCAUUUUUUUCCUCCAGUUUGUAGGACCAAGGGAAAGGAUAUUAAUGUGGUCUGGUAUCUCAGCUGUCCCAUGAUGUAUCUUCAUAUCUUUUCAAGUUGGUGUGGCCUUCCUCAAGCCAGACAGGGCAAAUGGAAUCUAGUCGGUUGUUUUGGAAACUUGAAUACUCCCUUGCACUUGAAUAGAAGCCUUUUCUUUUGUAUCAUGAACCAUGGUGAGUGCUUGGGAAGUUCAAACAUCUAUCAUGAAUCAAGUUAUCCCCAGCACAGAGGGGAAGAACUCUGCAUUCACUUGCUGUAAGGAGACAGUAAAAAAGAUGUUUGUUUCAGAAAUGACUUGGUAGGGCAACUAUGACUGUACCAAGGUUGAGUUGCAUAGGCCUAAAGUUUCUCGUUUUUUUGUGGUACAGGAAGAGAUACUGGUUGUCAUGUCUGUUCAUGAUGGUUUCAAUAUUCUCUUUUUUUGUUGGCUUGGUAGAGCUUUCAUGAGGAAAUUUUCUGUCUCCAAAUAUUCAGAUUGGUAUUGGUCUUAUGAGUCAAGAGAGUGAUAGUUUUUCCAAUGUGCUUAUGACUUCUGUUUUGCCAUCAAGUGCUUCCAUCACUCAUUGCAUACUUGAACAUGAUGCAGGACCUUCACAUUCUUUAUUCAUGAUUAAGAAUUUACUCCUACUCUGUUUGCAUGGUACUUAUUCUUUACAUGGGAAAUUCACAGAGCUUGAGAAGUAUGGUACACUGUCACAAUAUAGUAACAGCAAUUAUUGGUAGCAAUUAUUGGUUUGUGUCCUUUUUGAGAUAGAACUAUGAACCUGUUACAUUACUAAACCUGGUAUUUCUCAGUUUUGAUUAAGAACCUCGAAGUUGUUCUGAGGCGUAAUAUUGGUUGCCUUAAUCAUAACUUUUCUUUGCGCUUUGCUUCUUCUUAGGAAGAAACCUACCACUUUUGCUAUAUACAAUUAUAUAAACUGAAGUGAAUGUAGGAUUAUUCUUGGUGAAAUUAGUUUGAGUAACUGAAGAUAUGAGGUCUGUGUGGCAAAGAUUACUUAACCUCUCUGGGUAGGGUGUGUGUGUGUGUGUAUGCAUCAUAUUGACAGCAAAUUUAACCCUUUGGCUUCUCUGGACAGAUGUUUUGAAGAGUAAUCAAUUUAUUCAUUUUGGCAAGAAGUGGUCCACUGAGAUCUGGUUAACAUGUAUUUCAUUCUUCUUCUCUAGUCAUAUUCAGUGCUUCAGUCUUGUAUGUGGGUAUUGAGUCAAAUUUAGAUCUGAUCUAACAUAUAAUUUGCACUUUGCUGGUCAGAGAGUCAUGAGACUAGUUUUGUUGAGUAGAGGGUAGACUUAAAUUUGUCUCAACAGAUAUCUGGAAAUCAUUGAGUGAAUAUGCUUUAACUAGUCAUAAUUCAUUGCUUUUCUGAAAUACAUUGUAAACUGACUUGGUUGUUUUCCAAGUAUUCUUCUCUUCAUAAAACUAUUCUCAUCCCAGUUGUACAUGACUUUCUGGAGAUUAUUGGUGUCUCAAGCUUUAGGAGCUACCUUUAUCGUGCUGGAGUAUUGUUAUAUUUUGGAUGGAAACUCUUGGGGCAAGCAAGCAUUUUAGAAUCUCAUUGUACAAUGCAGAUAUGCAUGAAACAGCCUCUCAUUUUCUGAGGAAAACUUUAGUUGUUGAUAUGCUUGUUCACCUUAAUUAUGUUGUCAUAUUUUUCAUGCAAAUAGCACUGGAGUUCCCUUGUAGUGGAGCCAAAUGGGACUUGCAUUACCUCAGACCAACACACCAUC